CGAACAUUAAAUCCAUCGAGUGAGUUCCUGGGACAAGGGCACUCUGAUCAAAACAAAAACAGCGCACUUUAGCUCCUGUCAGUGGACGCUCACGGACAUUUAAUUAUUCUGCUGUUUUCAUUAUGCUUCUGAAAACAUGUUGCGUAUACGGCACCGGGGUGUUUUCUAUGCUAAUGCUGAUUGUCGGCAUUGCUUUGGUUUUGUCUGGAGUGUUUCCACAUUUAUUGCAAUCGUUUGUUGAAACGGAGGUUGUCCUUAAAAAUGGAACAGACGCAUUUGAGGCUUGGGCAGAUCCGCCUGCACCUAUAUACAUGCAGUUUUACUUCUUCAAUCUCACCAAUCCUGAAGAGGUACUCAAAGGGGAAAGGCCGGCUGUGGUGGAGCUGGGACCCUACACAUAUAGAGAGUAUCGACCCAUGGAGGAGGUGGCCUUUCUUGAAAAUGGCACUAAAGUAGCAGCUGUCAACACUAAAACGUACAUUUUUCAGCUUAACAUGUCACGAGGUCCAGAGAGUGACCUUAUCCGAACUGUUAACAUCCCUGCUGUGACUGUGAUGGAGAUGUUCAAAGACUCAACUUUGGAAGCCAACCUGAUUUCUGCCUACAUGAGGUCAAGUGGUGAAGGCCUGUUCAGCACACACACCGUGGGGGAGCUCCUGUGGGGUUAUGAAGAUGGUUUGCUGAAAGCCCUCAAGCUUUUCAGACCAGAGUUGGACGAUGUUUUUGGACUCUUCUAUAAGACCAAUGCUUCAAACGAUGGGCAGUACGUGUUCUUCACUGGCCAGCAGAGCUACGAGGACUUUGCUCGCGUUUCAACAUGGAAUGGCGAAAGCUCUUUGAAUUGGUGGACAUCUAAGGAGUGCAACAUGAUUAAUGGAACCAAUGGCGCCUCUUUUCACCCGGUCAUCACCAAAAACGAGUUGCUUCGAAUUUUCUCCUCUGAGCUGUGCAGGUCUUUGUAUGCGGUGUAUGAGGAUGAUGUGAGCGUGAAAGGGAUCCCCGGGUAUCGCUUCAUCCUCCCCAGUGAGGUGUUUGCCAAUGAGAGCGUGAACCCGGCCAACGCAGGCUUCUGCGUGCCCGCGGGAAACUGCCUCGGCUCUGGCCUGCUCAACGUCAGCGCGUGUAAACAAGGAGCCCCCAUCAUCAUGUCCUCGCCACACUUCUAUCAGGCAGACGCAAAAUACGUGCAGAGUGUUUUCGGCAUGAAGCCUGUGAAGGAACAGCACGAGACGACGAUCGAUGUCCACCCGUUAACAGGAUUCCUCCUCCAAGCAGCCAAGCGCCUCCAGAUCAACGUCUAUGUGGAGCAAAUUGAAACCUUCAGUCAAACAGGAAAUGUGAGGACGCUCAUCUUCCCUGUGGUUUAUCUCAAUGAGAGCGUUCUCAUUGACGACGCGUCGGUCCAGAAGCUGCAUGUGGUUGUCGUCGAGAAGAACGUUCUGGAGAACAUCCCCUUCAUUCUGAUUGGUCUCGGCAUCCUUCUGGGGGGAAUCUUCAUGAUCGCCAUGUGUCGACAGAAAGUCCCAGAGAGCACUUCUGCAGAGCGUCAGCCGCUGCUUUCAUCGUAAAACCAGACAGUUGAGAAAACAGCCGGUGUGUCUGCAGUGUUACUUUGACUGUUUUUGUGGCUCCAGUAUUUCUGACAUUAAUCCACAUGUGACCACUGAUGACCUGAAAGCUGCUUUCCAAGCUGUUUGUGAAACUAAAACAAAACAAGAAGGUCUGUACUUUUAUCUUGCAUCUAACAAAGAAAAUGCAGUUACUGUCAUUUUUAAAGGUUCUACCAUUUUUUUAAGCCGCUUUCUAUAAUAAAGUAGAGUAAAAUCUAACUAUAAGAGUUUGAAUUGUGGGGGGGGGGGACCAGUUACUCGAAGCAGUUUUAAGGAAAACCUGACCAUUUGAUCACUUUUUUAUGUCAGUUUUGUGUUUAUAUGUAUAGGAAAACUAACAAUAAAAUAAUUAACCUUUUCCCAAAGACUAAAGACUUUUGCAAAAAAAAACAUUUGCAGAAUUUGAUUUUAUUGCUUAAAUGUACUUUUUUUGUGGGAAAUGUAGCUUAUGAAGCCAGGAAUAUAUUUUUUUUUCUAUUUUACUUGGCAUGUUGCACUAAAAUAACUGUGAUAAUAUACAUUAUAUUGUUUUAUUUCAGUUUGAGUACACAUAAUUCUAUUUCAUACAGAGUUGAAUUUAUAAGUGUCUUAAAUUAUAACAUUAUGAAUGCCCUGUUUUUCAUUGUUUUUGUAUUUGCCCACUUACAAAAACUUUUUGAAUGAUAAAACUUAAUGUUUAGUGAUUGAAAGCCGUGUGUUUAGACAGAAUGCACAAAAAUGAUUUGGACACCUGCAAAGUUACGGUAAAAGGAACUGUGAUGAUGCAGCUUCCACUUUUGUUCAAACACUUUCCUGAAGGUUUUAAAGUGUUUUUGUGAGAUUGGCAUCUUCAUAUCCUUUUAGGCCAAAUAUCAGGUCAUGUCAAAUAAUCUGGUGAAGGAACUACUGUGCAGCUUGUGCAAAGCUGGAAGUGCUGCGUUGUCCAAAAUCUUUUGUUAAAAAGAAAAUUGGCUUUUUACUGUUUGCUAGAGACUCACACUUAAAGGUAAAAAGCAGCCCACAUCAUGAUACCUCCUCCUUCACACUAACUUUUUCCAGCUCUUCAGAGCAGCCAAUUUUACUUGUAUUUUUCCAAAGCUUUUUAAAUGUAAACGCAGAGACAAGUAUCUGUACAUCUGUGGUAUGAAGUGUAUUAAAACUCUCAAGCUAUUGUUAAAAAUGAGUCUUGGUAGUUGCAUGACAUGUUUUUUAUUCCUUUUACAGAGUUUCAGUUGUAUUUGUAUGUGUUUUAAUGGUGAAAUUGCAAAGUAUAACAAAGUUUGCACCACUAACUCAUGUUGUGAAAACAUGAUCUGUGACACGAACAAACUUUAAAUGUGUACUCAGCAUUUCAUGCAAAUUACCAAUAAAUGUUUGUGACAAUUACCAA